CUAAACGUGACGCUAACCUCCUCCAAAACUUUUCAGUUCAUCGUCCUCGCUUUGGUGUCUGCGGCAUCAGCUGCUCGCCUCGACAAACCCAUCUACCUGCCUCCCAGCGCUGGCUCUUCAGGUGGAGCCAACGCUGGACUCCAAGCACCCUUCGGAGCUGAACAGGGAAGUCUGGGACAGGCAGGACUUGGACAAGGGGGACAGGCUUCCGCUUACAGUCAAGCAGAAAUCCUGAACUACGAAAAUGAGAUUAAUGAAGAAGGUUAUCGUUAUGCCUAUGAGACCAGUGACGGAACUAAGGCUGAACAGCAAGGUGAGUUUGAGAAAGUGUUAAAUACUUUUUGGUAAGUUUUUCUCUUGUUCAUAUUGUCUCGGGUUUUAUUUGUUCGGGUUAUGAUUUCUUCACAAUCUUUCAAUUAUGAAUGUGAGAGUCGUACUUGAUUGAAAUUUUCACAUUCUUUAAUUAUAUUUCAUUUGUUUUGUUCUAAAUAUUUCAUAAGGAUUUUAUAGUAGUAGCAAUCCUGUUUAGAGAUUA